GUGGCGCCAUUCAGUUGAGUUUGUGCGUGGCUACUCCCCCCAAAUUUUGUGGCCAUUGCAAUCUUACUUAUCUUCUUCUUCUUCCUCUCCUUGUCUCAGUUCAGCUUCCUCACGAACGUAUAUAACCUUCAAACGAUAAAUUGGCGGCACGCUCUGGAGCUGGAGAAGUGAAAAAGACUUACAGCCAUGGAAGGGCUGAAGCUAUCUUGUACGCUGCAGAGGGGCCAUGGCGGGAGAGCUCUGCUUCCUCUCUUCACUUCCCGAUUUUGCCCCAAGUGGGGGUUCCCCUUAAGGCCCUGCGUCAAACUCGCUCCUUCUUCAGGAAUAACGACAAGAUCCCUUCCAAUUUUUCUGGACCGAAAAAGAGUGCAGGAUAUGCAAUUGAGUAGGAAAGCAUCUAUGCAGUCAGUAACCGAAGAGCUGAUGGGGAACCCAUCGGAAGAUCUCUUAGUUAGUGGCGAUUCCAUAAGGCAACGAUUUCUCAAGUUCUAUGCUUCUCGUGGUCACAAAGUGCUUCCAAGUGCUUCACUUGUGCCGGAAGACCCCACAGUGCUACUGACAAUUGCAGGAAUGCUACAAUUCAAGCCUAUAUUUCUCGGGAAGGUUCCAAGAGAGGUGCCUUGUGCUACAACUGCACAGAGGUGCAUAAGAACCAACGAUGUGGAAAAUGUUGGCAAGACAGCUCGGCAUCACACGUUCUUCGAGAUGCUUGGGAAUUUCAGUUUCGGGGAUUACUUCAAAAAGGAGGCAAUUAAGUGGGCAUGGGAGCUGUCAACUGUAGAAUUAGGAUUGCCAGCAGAAAGAUUAUGGAUUAGUGUUUUUGAAGAUGAUGAUGAAGCAUUUAAAAUAUGGAAUAAUGAGGUGGGUGUUCCUGCUGAACGUAUAAAGAGGAUGGGUGAAGAGGAUAACUUCUGGACCAGUGGAGUUACAGGUCCCUGUGGGCCAUGCUCUGAGAUUUAUUAUGACUUCCAUCCAGAGAGAGGAUAUUCUGAUGUGGAUCUCGGAGAUGACACCAGGUUUAUUGAGUUCUAUAAUUUGGUGUUCAUGCAAUACAACAAGAAGGAUGAUGGAACGCUUGAGCCUCUGAAGCAGAAGAACAUAGAUACUGGGAUGGGACUAGAGCGGGUUGCUCGCAUUCUUCAAAAGGUUCCUAACAAUUACGAGACUGACUUGAUCUAUCCCAUCAUUGAAAAGGCAGCAGAACUAGCAAAUGUUUCGUAUGCUUUUGCCAAUGAUCAAACAAAACUAAAGCUUAAGAUCAUAGGGGACCACAUGCGAGCAGCCGUGUUUCUCAUUUCUGAUGGGGUGAUACCAUCGAAUAUUGGAAGAGGAUAUGUAGUUCGCCGGCUCAUCAGGAGAGUUGUUCGUACAGGCAGGCUAUUGGGCAUAAAGGGUGACGGUCAAGGAAACCUCGAGGGAGUGUUUUCACCAGUCAUUGCUGAGAAAGUAAUUGAACUAAGUACUCAGAUUGAACCUGAAGUAAAGGAUCGGAGGUCACGCAUACUGGAAGAGCUCAAAAGGGAAGAAUCUCGGUUCGUGCAGACUCUGGAGAGAGGGGAGAAGCUGCUAGAGGAGAUGAUCUCCGACGCGCUGUCAGUUCCACGAGAGAACGGGACCCGCCCUUGCUUGGCGGGUAAGGAUGCAUUCCUUUUGUAUGACACAUAUGGGUUCCCAGUGGAAAUCACGAUUGAAGUGGCUGAGGAACAAGGUGUGACUGUUGAUAUGGAUGGGUUCGAUGUUGAGAUGGAGAAACAGAGGCGCCAAUCACAGGCUGCCCAUAAUGCUGUUAAACUUGAAGUUGGAGAUACAUCAGGUCUUACUGAUAAUAUUUCUGAGACCGAAUUUCUAGGCUACGAUAUGCUUUCUGCAAGAGCGGUGGUGAAGAGCCUUUUAGUGAAUGGGAAAUCAGUGAUCCAGGUUCCUGAGGGAAAUGAAGUGGAGGUCUUGCUCGACCGAACUCCAUUUUAUGCAGAAUCAGGUGGUCAAGUUGGUGAUCAUGGGUUAUUGUAUGUGACCGAAGGUGAAAACCAAAGAACAGCUAUUGUGGAAAUCACAGACGUUCAGAAGUCUAUGGGUAACGUCUUUGUUCACAGGGGAACUAUCAAAGAAGGUGUGAUUGAGGUUGGGAAAGAAGUGGAAGCUGCAGUUGAUGCCAAACUGAGGCAGGGAGCUAAGGUUCAUCAUACAGCUACGCACUUAUUACAAUCUGCACUUAAGAAAGUUCUAGGGCCGGAAACAUCACAAGCUGGUUCACUGGUGGAGUUUGAUCGUCUGAGAUUCGAUUUUAACUUCCACCGACAACUUCGCAGUGAUGAGCUUCAGGAGAUCGAGAGACUAAUAAACGGUUGGAUUGGCAAUGCUGCACUUCUUCAAACUAAAGUGAUGCCCUUAAUGGAAGCAAAAAGUGCCGGGGCCAUCGCAAUGUUCGGGGAGAAGUAUGGAGAGGAGGUGCGGGUCGUAGAGGUUCCCGGCGUGUCUAUGGAGCUCUGUGGGGGGACUCAUGUCAGCAAUACUUCGGAAAUACGCGGCUUCAAAAUAAUUGACGAACAGGGUGUUGCAUCUGGAAUCAGGAGAAUAGAAGCUGUGGCAGGAGAUGCUUUCAUCGAGUAUGUUACUUCACGGGAUUAUCAUAUGAAACAGCUCUGCUCGACCCUUAAGGUGAAAGCCGAGGAGGUGACUUCCCGGGUAGAGAACCUCUUAGAGGAGCUGAAAACAGCGAGAAAUGAAGUCUCUGCACUGCGAUCUAAAGCUGCAGUCUACAAAGCAUCAGUUGUUGCCGAAAAGGCUUUCUUGGUGGAAAGUUCGACAAAGAUCAGGGUACUAGUGGAAUCCAUGGACAAUACAGAUGCCGAUGCCCUUAAGAGCGCUGCCGAGUAUUUGUUGGAGACCCUAGAAGACCCAGCAGCUAUAGUAUUGGGGUCAAGCCCGAGCGAUGGGAAGGUGAGUUUGGUCGCAGCGUUCUCUCCAGGAGUCGUUAAACUCGGAAUACAAGCUGGGAAAUUCCUUGGGCCCAUAGCUAAGAUCUGUGGUGGAGGCGGUGGCGGUAGGCCCAACUUUGCACAGGCUGGCGGUAGAAAGCAUGAGAACCUACAGGAUGCACUCGAAAAGGCUAGAUCGGAGCUCGUCUCAUUUCUGUCAGAAAAGGCAAGUUGAGAAGUCUCUCUUCCUAAAUCUUGGUAAUUAGAAUAGAAUUUUGAAGCUGAUAGGUCAUACUGUUGAUUUUGGGAGAGCUGCUUCGGCUCGAUUGGUACCAAUUUUGGUGAAUUGGGGGAUGCAAAUUCUUGUACAGGGCUGAUGUAUACCAUUGUCAUUGAAAUGAACGGAUUUGUUACUUACAACGAAAAGCAAGGAUUAAUUUUCAAGUAACAGCGUUUCUCAUUGCUGAUGUA